AUGGUAUUGAACUUAACACAAAUAAUGUCUUUAAGUGGUCAGGCAAUUGAAGUGGCCCUCAUCAUCCUCCUCAAGUUUCAAUCUACAAAAGUUGACCUUAAAUUACAAGAUACAAAGUUUUCUGAAGAGGAACAAAUUGCAGGUUGUCACAGCCAAAAAACUGACGUCUUACAUAGAAAAAUUCCAUUUGUUUCUCUUUUGGACAAUUUAUUUGUUGAACGUGGAGCAGAAAGGAAGAAAACUCCCACAGAUAAUAUUUAUAACAUGAUGAUGUUAUGA